AUGCCAAAGAUCGCAGAGCCAUUGGAUAGAGGACUUGCAGAGGACAUUGAGAAUGGUGUCGUAAGCAUUGACUGGAACAUAAAACAACUCGGUGACUUCUUUAAGACGACAUAUGACUGGGAUUUACUUGCAGCGCGUUCCAUUUGGGCUUUUGGCCCGGACAAACAGGCUUUUCUGCCAGUGAUAGAAUCAUUUGGGUUCGAGACAGACCUUAGAUGCCACACACAGGGACAAGACUUUUGCGUAUCCGUGUUUGAUCACUGGGCCAUAGUACCAGGAGACCCUCUCGACAAAGUCAUCCUAUUGCGCCCACUGGAGCCCGCCCCCACUCAGCAUCUAGCUCGUGAAUUCAUGGUCAAGACCCGCCGUAGAAAGGGAAUGAGUGAGGACGUAAGCGGGAACAAGUUCUUCGAUGAAGCCAUGAUGGUGGAGCUUGCGCAGCAGACAGGUGAUCUGCAUUUGCAGAUGAUCUACCAUAUCAGUGUAGGUGGCUCUCUUGUUCCUUACUAUCUUGAUGAGUCUGAAAACUGGGGAGUUGAUUGUUGGGAGAAGACAAAAUCUCAAUCCACAUCUCUGACGAAGAAGCUUAAAGAAGCUUUCAAUGAGAAACACAGGAGCGACAACAGGUCGAGUCACACGGAUGCUGGUCUAAAAGAAUGUAUGCAGCAGCUUCGCUUUGUCCGGGACGACCAGGAGCAAAGGAUGCAUGAUGCAAUGACAAUUAAUGGACCGUCUUGUAGCCGAAAGAAAAAAGUUAGAGACGUCUCGAAGAAGUCAGCUUGUGGAAGGUCAACAAGGGGAGAGGCCAUCGGAGUGUAAGCAGCAGUGAGGAAUCUUCUUCUCCGGUGAAGAAGCUUCGCUUAAUUAUGAAGAAGUAAGAAGAAGGGUCUUCGUGUUUCUUAAUUUGCAGAGUCAUGGUCCGGUUUUGGUUGGGAGGUUUGCUAAAUAAAAUUGGUUCUUUGGUUUGGUUUGUGUUUGAUCUUUCAUUUUUUAUUUGUAAUGUGUUGUUCCUCAUGAACUGGUUUGAACAAAUAGUAUAUUGUCGUUUUGGUCAAAUUUUGAUGAGCAGCUGCUCUAUGUGGAAGUCUUAUAAUUUGAUCAUACAAACAGUAACUAAUAUCGCAUUUGGGCCGGAUUGAUCUUGAAGUGUUUCAAAAAUUCUAUUAAUUUUGAUAUUUUUAAAUUCUAU